UGGUACCGUACUGACGGUUGCCAUUUGAAUGGUUCAUCCGAAAUGGCGGAUUCCGAAGCGGCGAAUUUCGGAAGCGACUGACUUCACGUCAUUCAUUGUCUUUGUCGUCAUUCUUUUGAGCGGUCUGUCAUCGAGGCGUCAUUGGAAGUUUUCUUCAUAAGCAAUUUAUUAAUUAUCUGAGUUAUUUUGUCAAAAUUUGUGAAUUAAAUCACUAUCUGAAUUAGAAAAAAGUGUGUUCUUCAUCGUGCUGUUAAGGGAAUUGGCAGGAAUCGGGAAUCUGGUCAAAUCUCGCCAGAUUCUAAUCUUUUCCUCCAUUCUUACAGGUACACUAAUUCCCACCAAAGGGUAAUACAUUGCAUCAUUCUUAUCCUCAUCACACCUUUUGUUACCAUCACAGGUAUCACUCAAUACCCUCAAGGGGUCUUUCAAUACAGCAGUCACAUACUUAAAGCAGUCAAAUUAUUCUCAUAGGUACACUAAUUCCCACCAAAGGGUAAUACAUUGCAUCAUUCUUAUCCUCAUCACACCUUUUGUUACCAUCACAGGUAUCACUCAAUACCCUCAAGGGGUCUUUCAAUACAGCAGUCACAUACUUAAAGCAGUCAAAUUAUUCUCAUAGGUACACUAAUUCCCACCAAAGGGUAAUACAUUGCAUCAUUCUUAUCCUCAUCACACCUUUUGUUACCAUCACAGGUAAACACACCAUAAAACUGGUCCUCCGAGGCUCCUUUGAGCCAACCCUGUGCUCCAUUGCCACUUCGCUACUCAGAAGACUCUCACAUUGACGCAAUCUCCAAGCCUCUAAGCUUCCGGAAGUCACCUACACGUUCUCACGAUGGCAGAGAAAGGUGCAGCACAACGUCAGCCUAAUCUCAAACAGCUUCACCGUGAGAGAGGUCGUGUCAAGGGUCGAUUGACAAGGAUAGAGACGUACCUCAACUCAAACAGAGAGCUUUUCACUCAAGAAGUUCUCUCAGUUCAUGAGGAGAAUCUACACCACAUUCGAGAUGACUUCAAGGUUGUCCAAAAACAAAUUUACAAUACCAUUCCAGAUGAAGAAUUGGACACUGAGGAAGCUGAGGAAGACGCAUUUGAUGACAGAAUGAUAUCUGCUACCGCAAAAAUCAGGCAGAUGCUCAAGCACAUCACAAAACACACAACACAAUCAACUGGUGAAUCAUCGCAAGCAGAUGAGCGCCUACUUCAGGUUUUGGAAGUCCUAGCAAACAAGGAAUCAGAACCAAAAUCAAGAAUGAAACUUCCUGAACUCACCACGCAGACAUUCUCAGGCGAAUACGCAGAUUGGGAAUCGUUCAGAGACGUCUUCCUAUGCAACAUACACAACAAUUCAUCCCUGAGUGAUGUCCAGAAGUUUCAGUAUCUCAAAGGGCUGCUCGUGGGCAAAGCCAAGUCCGCCAUUAAGCACCUCAAAGUGACUAAUGACAAUUACAAAAAAGCUUGGCAAGUCCUCGAGAGACGAUUCAGCAAGAAACAAAACACCGUUGAAGAGUUCAUUCACCUCUUCAUGAGUCAGCCAACGUUGAAAAGGCAAGACUACAAGUCUCUCAGACAGAUGUAUGACGUUGCACUUGAGGUCAUCAAUGGGCUCAAUGCUCUCAACUGUGAGGAACGAGAUGUCUGGCUUAUCUACAUCUACCUCAACAAGAUGGACGAUGAAACCAAGCUUCUCUGGGCACGUGAGAACAAGAGGUCUGAAAUUCCGACAUUUGACAAAUUCCUGGAAUUUCUCGAUGAGCAUUGCAACAGUCUAGAGUCUAUUCAGCUGAAGCCUGGUGACAGUAGCCAGCGGAAUCAACAGAAAGCAGCUGAUUCAAAGGGUGCAAAACCUAAACAACAAAUCAAAGCAGCAAAUGAGAAGCCUCAUAGCCAGAAAUCGUUUGCCAUCCGUGACUCACCAACUUGCAAGAUCUGUGCUCAAGUUGGACACAGCGUCUUCAAUUGCCCAAAAUUCAUUGGAGUCGACCCUCAACAGCGGCUGCAACUCGUCCAGGGGGCACGCCUGUGUACAAACUGCUUCAGAGCUUCACAUACAGUAGAGUCUUGCAAGUCAUCAAGUUGUAGGCAAUGCCAUUUGCUUCACAACACCCUUCUGCAUGACGCCUUUUCCACAAACGUACCAGCUGUUCACAAGCAAACAGUACCAGCAGAGGAGGUGCCUAAGGCAGUGGAAAAGCAACAACAAUCAACAGUGCCUCCAAGUCAGGCUGUGGACAAACAGGCCACCAAAACAAGCAUGGUGUUGGCCAGUACAAUGCAAACAUCAGACAAUUCAGAUCACACUCAAAAGGAGAUUCUUCUACCCACAAUCAGUCUGCUGGUCAUGGGGGCAGACAGAAGAUUCUACAAAUGUCGCACAUUUUACGAUUCAUGCAGUCAGCCCAAUCUCAUCACAAAGAGAUUUGCAGAAAGGGCAUUCCUCCAACUUCAGACAACAUCACUCCGUCCACUCAGAGGUGUGACACCGCAUCCAAUGGAGGUUCAGCACACAGUCACGGCCGCCAUCUACACAAAGGAAAAGAAGUUCAUUGCAUCAGUGGACUUUGUGGUCGUCGAUGAGAUCGCAGAUGUGCAACCCACAGCACUCAUAGAUGUCAGCACACUGAUCCCAUCAAACAUUCAGCUCGCCGAUCCCGACUUCAAUAUUCCGGGAAGAGUGGACAUGCUACUCGGUGCUCAGCUAUUCUGGAAAACUCUUCGACAAGGCAAUUUUGGGGAGUCUCCAGAGUUCAGGGAGACAGCCUUCGGCUACAUUGUCUCAGGGACUGUCCCAGUGAAUACAAAUAGUGAGGCCUGUUACAACGUAUGUUUUCUCACCAAGCAAGCUGAUCCUCUUCAGCAACAACUUGAGAAGUUCUGGACGAUUGAGGAGGCAGAAGAGCCACAAAUUGUUCUCUCAUCAGAAGAGCAGCUUUGUGAGAAGCACUUUUUGGAGAACACGACACGAGACGAACAUGGACGUUUCAUUGUGCGUCUUCCAACAAGGGACAAUCUUCAUUUAAUCGGGGACUCCAAGCAAACAGCUUUCAAGCGAUUUCUCUGCGUGGAAAGAAGGCUACAGCGCAAUACCGCACUCAAGGAGAAAUACGUAGAAUUCAUGAGGGAGUACGAGUCAUUGGGACACAUGCGCCCCGCUCCAGCAUCAUACACAUCCAACCAAUCUGAAAUCUACCUUCCACAUCACGCCGUUGUCAAAACAUCAUCAAAGACAACACCCGUUCGAGUUGUUUUUGACGCUUCUGCGAGGUCGUCAACAAAUAUUUCACUGAACAGCACACUCAUGGUUGGUCCCAAAACCCAAGAAGAUCUGUUUCAAAUACUGCUCAGGUUUCGCCAGCAUACCGUGGCUGUCAAGGCAGAUAUCAGGAAAAUGUUUCGUCAGGUCAGAGUCCAUGAAGACGACCAAAACAUGCAAAGAAUCCUCUGGAGGGAGUCACCUGACAAACCAAUCAUUUCAUAUCUCCUACAAACGGUCACUUAUGGCACUGCCUCAGCUAGCUAUUUGAGUACCAGAUGCAUGCAACAACUCAUUCAAGAAGAUGGUGAUGACUUUCCACUCGCUAAGGAAGCAGCAGCCAGAGAUUUCUACGUUGAUGACUUCAUGUCUGGCCAAGACAGCGUCGACAAUGCUAUGGAACUCUGUGCACAAGUUCAUAGUCUCAUGAAACAAGGAGGUUUUGAGCUCACAAAGUGGAUGUCAAGUCAUCAGGAAGUCAUUCAACAGUUCCCUCAUCAGGAUCACGAGAUUGAAACAUCACUUGGUUUGAGUCCAGACGAUACAGUCAAGGCUUUGGGCUUGAAGUGGAACCCAAGUGAAGAUAUAUUUUCAUUCGAUACCAUCCCAAGCAAUUCCAAGGUCACAAAACGGAUCAUUCUAUCUGAGAUAUCCAAGGUCUACGAUCCAUUGGGUCUGCUCACACCAGUGGUCAUCACUGCCAAGAUGUUAAUGCAGACUCUCUGGCAAACCAAAAUAGACUGGGAUAGUGAUAUCGAAGAUCCAGAUAUUCUUCAACGAUGGACAGAAUAUCAACAGAGCAUUCGUGAUAUUUCUCAAAUAUCCAUACCACGAUGCAUCACACCACACUCAGCAACACACACAACGCAGUUGAUUGCUUUUUCUGAUGCCUCAAUCAAGGGUUACGCGGCAUGCAUAUACAUACGCACAGUGACACCAGAUGGCGAAGAGAGUUGCAGACUUCUGUGCGCAAAGAGCAGGGUAGCGCCAAUCAAACAAGUCACUAUCCCUCGCUUAGAGUUGUGUGGAGCAGUGCUCGCAGUGAAACUGAUUCGUGUCGUACAACAAUCUCUGACUCGCAAAAUUGAUUCCAUCCAUGCAUACACGGAUUCCAUGAUUGUUCUUCACUGGUUAGCUGCCGAAAAUCCACGAAAAUGGAAGACAUUCGUAGCAAAUAGAGUGUCAGACAUUCAGGGAACGCUAUCAAGAGAACAUUGGGAUUAUGUUCCUUCAGAACACAAUCCUGCGGACAUUGCGUCCAGAGGUACUACAGCCAGCGAACUUGCAAAUCAUUCACUUUGGUGGCAUGGACCCGAUCUCAGUGUGUGUGGUAUUCAGGAGUUUCAAGAGCGCUUUCCAGAGGACGAAGUGGAACUCGAACAACGAGUCUUCCUCACCACGAAGAAGAACAACAGAUUCUGGGAAAUCAUCAAUCAAUACUCACGAUUCACGAAAAUUGUCAGGGUUUUGGCUUACUGCAAAAGGUUCAUUCAUAACAAGUUUCUCUGCAAGCGGGACAAUUCUGAAAGAAUCACUGGGCCACUGACAGUUGACGAAUUACACAAUACGAAGUUGCAAAUCAUCAAGGCUUCCCAGCAACAAUCUUUCCCAGAAGACAUUCAUCACUUGAAACAAGGCAAGGAGCUCUCAAAAGCAUCACGCAUCAAGAGUCUCGCCCCAUUCCUUGACGAAGAAGGAAUUCUCAGAGUAGGCGGCAGGAUCCACAAGGCGAAUCUCAACUACGAGCAGAAGCAUCAAAUCCUCCUUCAUGACAAACAUCACUUGACGGACUUGAUUGCUGAAAAACAUCAUGCAGAGAAUCUCCAUGGUGGUCACCAGCUCGUGUUGGCUUCAAUCAGACAGCAGUUUUGGCCACUCAGAGGUCUCGACGUCGUCAAAAGGGCAGCCAGAAAAUGCAUCACUUGUUUCAAGUGCAAACCUCAACUCAGUCAUCAGCUGAUGGGUAACCUUCCAGCAGAAAGGAUUCAAUACACUCGACCAUUCAGCCGUGUUGGAAUUGACUUCUGUGGCCCGUUCUUCAUCAAACCACCACUUCGACGGUCUGCUGUGGUCAAGGUCUACGUGGCAGUUUAUGUGUGUUUCGUGACCAGAGCCGUUCAUCUCGAACUGGUUCACGAUCUCACAUCCGAAGCAUUCAUCGCCUCACUUCGUCGUUUUUGCGCACGCAGGGGUAAACCAAGUGACAUCUUUUGUGACAACGCAAAAAACUUCGUUGGAGCGGCAAAACAAAUCUCAGACAUUCACCAACUUCUCCGAGACGAGAAGAUCCAGACUUCAAUCUCAACAGAUUCUGCACAGCAAGGAAUCCGAUUUCACUUCAUACCUCCACGCAGUCCGCAUUUUGGAGGAAUUUGGGAAACUGCUGUGAAGAGUUUCAAGUCACACCUGAAAAGAGUUGCUGGAAACGUAGUUUUUACCUUGGAGUCUCUGGAGACAAUCAUUGUGGAGAUAGAAGCCUGUCUCAAUUCACGUCCGUUGUGUCCAAUGUCCAACGAUCCCCAGGACUUCACAGCGCUCACACCAGGGCACUUUAUAGUUGGGACAGCACUCAAUACCUUACCUAGCCAGGACUUGACUUACAUUCAACAAAACCGGCUCUCCAAAUGGCGUCUGAACGAGCAAAUCCUUCAACACUUUUGGAAGCGCUGGCAUCGAGAAAUCCUCACUUCUAUGCAACAGCGUAAGAAGUGGCAACAGGAACGUCCAAACAUCGAGAAAGGGGACCUCGUCAUCAUUCAAGAGGACAACAUUCCACCUUUGAAGUGGCCUCUAGGAAGAGUUGUCGACGUCCACCCGGGAGCGGACAACAGAGUUCGCGUUGCUGCAGUCCAGACACAGGAUGGAAUUUACAAGAGGGCCAUCACCCGUCUUGCGGUUCUACCUACAGGACAAGAAGGUCUGGAGUCUGAACACAGUCCAGAGGGGGCAGAAUGGUACCGUACUGACGGUUGCCAUUUGAAUGGUUCAUCCGAAAUGGCGGAUUCCGAAGCGGCGAAUUUCGGAAGCGACUGA